AUGAUCAACGGAAGUUAUUAUGGGGAUAAUAACCGUAAUGGAAUUGCAAGAGGGAGUUGGAAUUUUCCGGUGGCCGAUGAUGAAGGAUCAGAAGAUGCACUGUACAAGGAGCUGUGGCACGCGUGUGCAGGUCCGUUAGUGACAGUGCCUCGCCAAGGAGAGCUUGUUUACUACUUUCCUCAAGGUCACAUUGAGCAGGUUGAAGCAUCGACGAAUCAGGUGGCUGAUGAUCAGCAAAUGCCAGCUUAUAAUCUUUCUCCGAAAAUCCUCUGUAGUGUUGUUAAUGUUCAAUUGAAGGCUGAGCUGGAUACAGACGAAGUGUUUGCUCAAGUCAUUUUGCUUCCUGAAACUCUACAAGACGUAGACUCGGUGGUGAAGGAGGAUUUGCCACCUCUGCCUGCACGUCCUCGGGUGCAUUCCUUCUGUAAGAUGCUCACGGCGUCGGAUACAAGCACUCAUGGUGGAUUUUCAGUAUUGAGACGGCAUGCUGAUGAAUGCCUACCUCCAUUGGACAUGUCCCAACAACCUCCAGCACAGAAGUUGGUAGCCAAAGAUUUGCAUGGAAAUGAGUGGCAUUUCCGCCACAUAUUUCGAGGUCAACCACGAAGGCACCUUCUUCAAAGUGGUUGGAGUCUCUUUGUCAGUUCCAAAAAGCUUGUGGCGGGAGAUGCUUUUAUUUUUCUUAGGGGUGAAACUGAAGAGCUUCGUGUAGGGGUAAGACAUGCUCUGAGGCAGCCAAGCAAUAUCCCAUCUUCUGUAAUAUCUAGUCACAGCAUGCAUAUUGGUAUCCUUGCAACUGCAUGGCAUGCUGUUUCAACAGGAUCAAUGUUCACUGUCUUUUAUAAACCAAGGACUAGUCCUGCUGAGUUUAUUAUUCCAGUUGAUAAAUAUAGGGAGUCUGUCAAGAUCAACUAUGCUAUAGGGACGAGGUUCAAAAUGAGAUUUGAAGCUGAAGAGGCUCCAGAACAAAGGUUCUCUGGCACUGUGAUUGGAGUAGAAGACGCAGAUCCAAAGAAGUGGCCUCACUCAGAGUGGAGAUGUCUCAAGGUUCGUUGGGAUGAAACUUCUCCUGUUCACCGUCCAGACAGGGUUUCCCCUUGGAAAGUAGAACCUGCUUCGGCUCCUUCUCUGGAUCCUGUUCCAGGGUGCCGAUUGAAAAGGCAUCGUUCAAAUAUCGGAACAUCAUCUGCAAAUUCCUCUGUUCUUACAAAGAAAGAUAAUGGGCCUUCAAGACACCUGCAACAUCAAGAAAUCCGGACCUUGAGAAACACACCUGCUGGGAAGAAUGACUCAAACACCAAUCACAAUCCUGCAUGGGUUCUAUCUCAAGGUAAGGACCAGACCACUUUUGAUAAUAGAAAAUUUGGACCAGAUGGCAGGAUUCUUCAAGCAGUGCAUGGAGCAAAACUCAUGCCAACAACAGGACCUGGAACCCUGCAUGAAUCCUAUGAAUCAAGUCGCCCUUUCUUUGAGCUGAACUCUGAUUAUGUUGACCGACCCAGUAAGCUUACUUCAGAUGAAAAGGACAUGUCCAAUUGGCAUUCAGCUUCCAUGGCGUAUUUAGGCCGAUCGUUUAACAUGUUGGCAUCUAGCAUGGAAGUUCAGGUGGCAAAAGACGAAGACAUACAACAGCAGCAUGGAAGCUGGUUUUUGCCUUUGCCAUAUGCUGACAAUUCUCCUCAUCCAUUGGGAUCUAAACCACAGCAUCUUCCUUUUCAACAAUGCAAUGAGGGGACAUCUAAAGAUGGUAAUUGCAAACUUUUUGGUUUCUCGCUUUUCGGGAAUCCUAUGGCUGCGGAACGAGCUGUUAUACACAGGCACUUCACAGAUAAACCACAACAGCAAAUCAAUGUUGCUUCAGAUCAUCUGCAAUUGUUGGGUUCUGAUCCAUUUUUGGAGCAAUUAAAACAUCCAAAGCAUGCUCUUCAUUCUAAAGAUGUCCAGUGCAAGCCCGAGGGUGGUCCAACCAGAAGAUGUGUAAAGGUUCACAAGCAGGGGACUACUGUGGGGAGGUCUCUAGACCUGGCAAAGUUUAAUGGCUAUAAUGAAUUGACAGCAGAACUGGAUCAGAUUUUUGAAUUCAAUGGUGAAUUAGUUGCUCCUAACAAAGAUUGGCUGAUUGUUUUUACUGAUGAUGAGGGUGAUAUGAUGCUCGUAGGAGAUGAUCCCUGGCAGUAA